AUGGCAAUCGAAAACGCAAACCCCACAAUCAUCAACGUCGACGAGCUGCCCACACGGCGGGGUAAGCCAAAGACCCUGACCAAGGACGACCACAGCAUCCUCUCCCUUCUCGCGCCUACCCCCAAUCCAGCCCUGCAGAUCUACCUCGAUGGCGAAGAGCCGCUCUCUGACGCCGAAGAGGAGCUGGCUGAGGAACCUAUAGAUGAACAGGAAAUCUACGACCUCAUCUCCACCAUCUCCGACCCCGAACACCCCCUCUCCCUCGGCUCCCUCGCCGUCGUCAACCUCGCCGACGUCUUCAUCACCCCCUCCUCCCCCACCCCCACCGAACUCGUCACAGUCACCGUCCUCAUCACCCCCACCAUCACACACUGCUCCCUCGCCACCGUCAUCGGUCUCGGGGUCCGAGUGCGCCUCGAGCAAGCCUUACCGCCGCGUUACAGAGUCGAUGUUAGAAUUAAGCCGGGCACGCAUAGUCAGGAUGAGCAGGUGAAUAAGCAAUUGGCGGAUAAGGAGCGGGUGGCGGCUGCAUUGGAGAAUGCGACGCUUUUGAAGGUUUUGAUGACGAUGCUGGAGACUUGUGCAUAG